UAAUAAUAAAAUAAUAAUCUAAAAUUAGAAAUGCCGCUAGUGAUAAUAAGUAAGUAACAAAAAGAGGUUUUAUUUUUUUUAUUUACUUAUAAAUUAAAUUAUGAGAAGGGUAAGUGAAAGUGAAGGUAGCACGAUGAUAACGUGUACCCAUUAAGCUGUAAUUAAAUUUAGAGAUUAUUAGAUUAGAUUAGAUUAGAUUAAAUGGGUCUGUGUGUGUGGGGGGGGGUAUUGGGGUUGUUUUCAUUUCGUGAAGUGCGUUGGCAAAGUGUGAGAAAGAGAGUGUGAAACGGACCUUACGUACCCUUUGAACAACCCUCCUCCUCUAUUCUCUCUAUUCUCUUUUCAAUCUAAUUUUGCCACUUUUCCGUUAUUUGUUUUCUCAACUCUUUUCCUUUUGCUUAAUUUGUGUGUGUUCCUAACCCAAUUUACUAAAACUCUUUUUUUUUUUAAAAAAAAAAAAAGAGGAAAUUAAGAAGAGAGAGUAAAAACUUAUUUUUUUUAGUGAUAAAUUUGAGAAAAAAAAAAUAACAACUAAAUAUACAACACAAAUUAUCCCAUUCCAACUAGAUGAGUGCUAUAAAUAUAGAUACCAUUUAUUUGAUCAGUGGUUAAAAACUAAAGAAAGAUUAAUAGGUUAUAGGACUAAUUCACAGUUACUGUUCUAUUGGGUAUCCGUUUGACUCAUUAAUCUAAUAAGCUAAUAUAUAUAUACAGACAUAUAUAUAUAUAAAAGCCAAACCCCACAUAGUCCUCCUCUCCUCUUGCUUCCUCUCUACCCUUCAAUCUUCUCUCUCUUUCUUUUAUGGUUUCUCUGACUUGUGGCCUGUACGGAGAGAGAUCAACCAUGGAAGCUGCACCUCAUGAUCAAGAGGAAGUCAUGAUGACCACCACCACUGCAGCCUCCAAAGAUCAACAAGCCCUAGUCGUUAAGGGAAAGCGAACAAAACGCCAAAGGCCACAUUCACCCCUCCCUUUUGCCGCCGCCAUACCCACUAAUUCCUCCGUCGGAAACAGCGGCGCCGGUACUUCAAGCGAAAACGAUGACAACACGUACUCGCCGUCUCCGGUAACCUCAGCCGAGAAUAUUAUUAAUCAAGACAGCGCAGAGGAAGAAGAUCAAGACAUGGCCAAUUGCCUAAUCCUCCUAGCUCAAGGCCAAUCCAGGCGCUCAUCGCCUAAGCCACUAAAACAAGUACAGUAUUACUCUCCUCCUCCACCACCAAUCGACACCGCCACCGCCACCGCCGCCGUCGAAGAUAAUACUGGCGGCAUCUCUGCAUAUAAUAAUUACAGUAGCAAGCGAAAAUUCCUAGAAGCUAAUAAUACGCAAGCGGCGGCGCCGAUGUUAAAUAAUAAGGCCGUGAGUGGCGCGGGGUAUAAUAGUAAUUAUGCUUAUGAGUGCAAGACUUGUAACCGAAGUUUCCCUUCUUUUCAAGCGCUGGGAGGACACCGCGCUAGCCACAAGAAGCCGAAGCAAGCCAUGGCUGAUAAUCAUCAUAAUCAGACGGUGGAGAUUAAAAGGAAUAAUAAUCAUCAAUUGUUUGGCGGAUUACCAUCCGACGAUGAGGAUCAAACGCAAUUCAUUAAGAAGGUCAAUAAUUCGUCAACGGCGCUUUCUCUUCAACUGAGUAAUAAUAAUAACAAUAAUAACAGGAGUAGUACUAAUUUGUACGGUAGUGGCACUAAUUUUGUGACCAAGGCGAGUAAGGUUCACGAGUGCUCCAUUUGUGGCGCUGAGUUCACGUCCGGCCAAGCUUUAGGCGGCCACAUGAGACGCCACCGUGCACCCGCGGUUUCUGGGUCGACUACAACGACAAGUACGGCCUUGUCGUUGACUACUAAUACUCCCCCUACUACUCAAUUCAUGUCGUUGGAUCAUCAUCAUCAACAGCAGCAACAACAACAGCAUCAGAGUACUAAUCUUGAACAGGAACAACGACAACGACAACAACAACAACGUCGUCUUCAUCAUCAACGACAACAACAACAACAACACGAAGAAGAAGAAGAAGCUAAUAAAAAAACACGAAACGUGUUGUCGUUGGAUUUGGAUCUCAAUCUUCCGGCGCCAGAAGAUGAUCAACGAGAAUUGAAAUUGGGAUUCGUGAAGCAACAGCAACAACAGCAACAACAACAACAACAGCAACAAUCCUCUACACUUGUUUUUUCAUCCCCAACUUUGGUGGAUUGUCAUUACUAAGAAGAAGAAGGAGAAAAAGGUUAUUAAGAAUUUCCUUUUUAUGUUUAAAUUUUUUUUUUAUCAACGUUUUAUGUCCCACGAUUGAUCUCUCUCCCUCUCGAUCUCUAAAUCAUAUAUUGUGAAUUACUAUACCGUAAAUUCUUUUUUUUGGUUGACACUUUUUAGCAAAUUCAAAGUUACAAAGAUUCAUUUAUUAAUUCUUUUAAGUUGAUGAGCAAAAAUUGUUGUUACUUUGGAGAACUUAUUAAUUAAUUCUCCACUUUGUUAUUUUGUUCAUAUAUAUAGCAAAAAUUCAAUCUGUGUAUUAUAUAAGAAAGGCUCAAUUGGCCAAUUCAUGAAAAGUGUAUGAUGGGCAUCUUUUUAGC